AGCGUCUAGUCUGCCGCCAAACGAAACAAGAAGAAGACGACACCUUAGGCUUGGAUGGCGGCAAUAUCCACCUCUGCAUAAUUCACGUUAGCUGUUUUCAAAUUGGGGAGAAAAUGAUUUCAGUGUCGCAAUGACCCUCAGACUUCAGCGCGUGGUGGACAUUUAAAGGCACACCCGAAAUGAAGGUUAAAAUCAAGCAGUGGAACGGAGUGGCGUCCUGGUUGUGGGUGGCCAAUGAUGAAAACUGUGGGAUCUGCAGGAUGUCAUUCAAUGGCUGUUGUCCUGACUGCAAGGUUCCAGGAGACGACUGUCCGCUGGUGUGGGGCCAGUGCUCCCACUGUUUCCACAUGCACUGCAUCCUCAAAUGGCUGAACUCCCAGCAGGUCCAGCAGCAGUGCCCCAUGUGCCGCCAGGAGUGGAAGUUCAAAGAAUGACCUGACAGAAGACAGCGCCGCUCUAUGCCUUUCAAAGACUCAGAUGGGCCGCGUGCACCGGCCACUUUUUGUAUCAGUUGUAUAUAACCAUAUUUGUAAUGUUUUCGCACCCCUCCAUUUGAUCUCACAUUUGCUCAGCAUUGUUGUGCUCUGUUGACAUGCAGUUUGUGAUUGAAUAAAUCCUGAUUCCCUGUAUUAGGUGGCUGCUGGUUUGCAUUGUUUUUGCAGGUGACGUGCUUGUAGCUCAGCCUGAUCGAUUGCCCUAGAAGCUUCCAUGACAAUGGUACUUAAGCAGAUCACUUGAAUUUCACUGUGCUCGUCUGAUCCCCGAUCCCUCUUGGUGGGAUUAACUACGUCGUAUUCCAGCGCAGGUUUCUGAAUACCCUACAUUGGUUUUCAAGACCUGCUCAAGUAGCAGCAACUGAGAGACACGUUUCAGCUGAAAAGGGUUUUGGAGGUGUGGUUUUAUUUGAUUGUCUUGGCACAUUUGGCCACUCAACCUAUUACUGUCAGCCUUUAACUGAAACUAACACCAUCUUUAAUGAUCUAAUAUUGCAUCUGUCACCUAAAAUCAUAAUCUGGAAAAAAAAAACCUGU